AUGCAGGUGUCCUUUGCAUGUACGGACCACGGUCUGAAGGCCCCACGUAACGGCGAGCACAGCAAGCAGAACGCCACGAGCCCCAACACAGGAAGCAAGGCCCGCGCCCGCUUCCGCACCGUGGCCCUGAUAGCUCGAAGCCUGGGCUCCUUCACUCAGCGCUACCACCACAACCUCAAGGAGUCCACGGCCAAGCUCACAGGCAUGAAGUACCGGAACCUCGGGAAAUCUGGAUUGCGUGUCUCGUGUCUGGGGCUCGGCACGUGGGUAACAUUCGGAGGUCAGAUCUCUGAUGAGGUGGCAGAGCAGCUGAUGACCAUCGCCUACGAUUGCGGGGUCAACCUGUUCGACACAGCAGAGGUCUACUCGGGAGGGAAAGCAGAGAUAAUCCUGGGAAACAUCAUCAAGAAAAAGUGCUGGAGGAGAUCAAGCCUGGUGAUCACCACAAAGCUCUACUGGGGAGGAAAAGCAGAGACAGAGAGAGGCCUCAACAGAAAACACAUCAUUGAAGGUUUAAGGGGCUCCCUCGCGAGGAUGCAGCUUGAGUAUGUGGACGUGGUUUUUGCCAACCGGCCAGACGGCAACACUCCUAUGGAGGAGAUCGUGAGAGGAAUGACACAUGUGAUCAACCAGGGGAUGUCCAUGUACUGGGGGACAUCACGGUGGUCCGCCAUGGAGAUCAUGGAGGCGUACUCUGUGGCCAGGCAGUUUAACCUGAUUCCACCUGUGUGUGAGCAGGCUGAGUACCAUUUCUUCCAGAGGGAUAAAGUGGAAACUCAGCUGCCAGAGCUCUACCAUAAGAUAGGUGUGGGUGUGGUCUCUUGGUCGCCUCUGGCCUGUGGAAUCAUCACUGGAAAGUAUGAAAACGGCAUCCCAGAAACCUCCAGGGCGUCGAUGAAGCCAUACCAGUGGUUGAGGGAGAAAAUAACGAGUGAAGAUGGAAGAAAACAACAAGCCAAGCUGAAGGAACUCACUCACAUUGCGGAGAAGCUUGGAUGUACUUUGCCUCAGCUGGCCAUAGCCUGGUGCCUGAGGAACGAGGGAGUGAGCUCAGUGCUGCUGGGAUCCUCUAAUCCGAAGCAACUAACAGAGAAUCUGGGAGCAAUUCAAGUUAUUCCAAAGAUGACCCCCGCCGUCGCCACAGAGGUUGAUCAAUUUCUGGGAAAUCGUCCUCACAGUAAAAAGGACUACCAGCAGUAG